AUGAUAUUGUGCAACUUGUAUCAGUACUUUCAUCCAGCAUUGUCAAAUACUGAGGAUAUUGCUGAAGAAAAUGAUUUUAUUCGUGGGAGUCACGCCAUCAAGUCAUAG